GACCAGCCCCUGCCUGGGGCGCGGAGGAGGCUGGGGCAGCGCCACACACCGGCAGUGCCCCCUCCCGGGUGGAGAUGGAAGCCAAUGCAGCAAGCGAUGAGGGUGUGCAUUUUCAAAGCUACCCUUUUGACUUCUUGGAGUUCCUGAACCACCAGCGCUUUGAACCUAUGGAGGCCUACAACCACGAACACACCAAAGCCGUUGCUGCCCUCCCUUGCCCACAGCCACACUAUGAAUACCCCCAGCCACCAACAGCUGCUCCACCUGCUCUCUUUGACCGUGUCCCUGCCACCAUUGGCACACCUAAACUCAAAGCUGAGGGCCCAUCCUCUCCUUCCUCAGCCACAUCAUCUGGUACCGUUCAAGUCAAGAAAGCUGAACCAGGGGCCCCUGCACCACCUCCACACCCCCAGCAGCAGCAGCAACCGCCAUACAGUACUCCAGCCGCGGUACCAACAGGAGGUCAAUAUCAAUGA